AUGGUUAAACGCCUUGCGUCAGAGAAAGGAUAUUUCAGGGAGUCAAGGGCUUUGCCGAGCACUCUAAACAAUGUUCCUCGGACUUCGCACGCGUCCUCGAUACCCCACCAAACAAUUCCUCAACUCGUAACUCCCUCGUCAUUCUCCCUCACCUACACCGCACCGCUGCAUCGUCGGCCUUCCGUGUUACUCGAUCUUCUGAGCAGUCCGAGCGAACUAUCGAACCUACCACUCGCCGCGUCGUCACAAAUCCAGUGCGCUGUCGGUUCCCGCGGCCAGCAGCUAGUCCCGAUCCUCUGCAGGUCGGGAGAAUUCGACUCUACCACGUCGGAACACAUCCGCGAACCGCGUGCGCGUCUGCCGCCUCAAUUUCCCAAUUCCGACGAGCGAGACCAGGAACCAUCACCGAGCCGCAUCCAAAAGAUCGCUGCGGCCGAGAUGGACGUUAGAUAUACCGACCCUUCCUCCCAGCGCCGCGGCGGUGCACAACUUCAACCACCUAUAUCCGCCGUCGUGGAGACCACCACGUCUAGCACGCGCAGUUCUAAGCGGGCUGGCGAGAAUCACAGUCAACACAACACGCCCAAGCGGCAUAGGUCGGGCGUCCCUGAGCCCGGCCCGAAUCCCACCCCACAUACCCCAUCGGACACGACUCGCUCGCCCGCCUCCGCGCUCCCUGGGUCUGCCUGCGCCCAGGUGCUAGUUUGUAAAUCGACCCCUCGGUCCUACCCUCCCUCCCUCGACACCAUCUUGGUCCGGGUAUCUGCGUUCGACCCUCCCCGAGAGUGUCCGGUAGACGCCCUAUCCGCCAUCGUGCGCGGCCAUGACAUCACCCGCCCGCUCGACGAUCCCGCGCGCUACCGUCUCGAAGGCCUCUAUGUCUCCCCGGCGGACGCCGACCGGCGCACCUCUUUUGCCCUCAUCCCCGACGAGCGCGAAUGGCGGCUGUUCCUUACUCAGCUCAAGACCUCGGGCGUCCCUCUCGACCCCAACCGCUACUACAACCCUACCUUGCCCGUGAGCAUCCGUAUCUGGGCGCUGCCUUCGGCUCAGACUCCCCAGGAUGUUAUCGCGCCGGUGUCACCUAGUGUAGAGGUCGUAGAUCUCCUUACGGACGACGAACUUGACCCCUAUCCACGUGAUAGAGAUGCUACGAACGUCCUUUCGUGUAGCGAGCCCGACCUCGUUGAGUCCGACGUCGUUGAGCCCGAGGACGGAGAGGCGUUUGAGCCAGGACCCAUCGACCCCAGCAUCGUUGAGGCGGUCCGCCGCGACAUGUGCAAAUUCUUCGGCAUCGAUCCCAGCGACGUCCUAAAGCCUGGCUUCACACAUACCCCUCCGGGCAUGAAGAAAGGCCUCCGGUUCCACCAGCUCUGGGCCUUUUUCUGGGUGUUCGCUAGCAAGGCGGCCCGUGGUAUCGCCACUGCCCUCCUCGCUGACGAAAUGGGACUCGGCAAGACGGUCAUGUCCCUGGCCGUCGCCGUCCUUAGCCACCGCCUGCGCGCGCAGGCCGAUCACGUCUCCCAGCACCCUGACCAGCACCUCGCAGCCGAUGACGAGCGCACCAAGUGCCCGUCAGGAACCUACACUCACGGGUUCCAAUGCCCCUGCGAGGCCGGCAGCUGGUCCGCCAGGAUCGCUGCCGACCUCUCGCACGGACCUACAGUAGUGUUUGGUUCUAAGCUGAUCCUGAGAUCGUGGGCCUAUGAGUUCUCCAAGUUCGUGGACGCCAGCCCCGACGACGGCAUGAUCCUCCUCACGCUGCCCGACGAUCCCGCGCCUGUGCGCAGCCUCAUCGCCGACAUCGACAUCGCCAAGCUACCCCGCGGGCCUCCCACGAGCAGCAAGAAGCCGGGCCUGCAAGACGAAGGCGCCAGGCUCAAACCCAAGCCCGGCCAGUCUCGGUACAUCCUGCUGGUUCCCAACACGUCGGCCGUAAAGAGUAUCGAUUCGACCUUCGCCGUCCCCGCCGACCGCCGCCGGCCGCCCACUGUAGUCCAGUUCGCCGUCCAGCCAGGCAGGAUCAUCGUGGACGAGGCCCACUGCAUCAAGGGCGAGACCACCAUGCUCUGGGAUCGCAUCCGGCGUUGGCAGUGGCGCGCUCGGAGUCCCACUUACCUCCUUGCCCUGACGGGCACACCUAUGACCCGGGACCCGGCGGACUUCGAGAGGCUGCUGGAGCACCUGAACCACCCAGGCGCCGGCUGGAGCAGCCCUCUCCGACCGCCCACCAUGUCCACGCUUCAGGCGCUCAAGCGGCUGACCUCGCAUUACAACAAGACGCUCGCCCGCGGCCUCGGCGCCGCCGCCGCCGGCUCGGAAUCGGAAUCAGAUCAGCAGCAGCAGCAGGUCUUCCUCUCCAACCUCAGCGCUCUCGUGCUCACCUUCACCCUCCGCCGCCGCCGAGACGACAUCUUUGCUGGCGCUCCGCUGUCAACCGUGCCCAUGGUCCCUUUCAACGUCGUGGAUUGUCCGCCGCCGCCCCAGUUUGCCGCUUGCAUCGAGAACAUCUUCUCGUCCACAAAGGAUGAGGUGCAAGCGUUGUUGGACGAGCGCCACGCCAGGUGGGAGGAGCUGCCAGAACAUCGUCGGCGUACCGAGCCCACCUUAGAGCUCCUCGUCCGCCAGAUCAGUGCCGGCGCCCCCAACACUAGCAGCAGCUUCCGCCUGCUCAGGCUGUGCGCCACGUUCCCAGCCCUGGCUCGCCUCCACCGCCAAGCGCCCUACUGCGAUUGGAGCCUCACCGGCGAGGACUUCCGGGGCGUCUUCACCAAGGGCACCAUCAAGGAGGCCCGGGCCAAAUCUAAGGCAUGGCCCUUCUGGCGCGACAUCUGCAACGGCAGCACUAAGAUGGAGCAGCUCGGUAUACAGAUCCGCAAAAUGCUGGCCGACCGAGAGCCGGCGCCCGGUGCGAACGACGUCGUGUCCGACAAGAAGAUGCUAGUCUACUCUGACUCGCCCUUCGUCGCCCACCUGGCGUUUUUAUGGAUCACCAACACCUUCGACAUCCCCGUCCAGAUGGUCGAUCGCGGCAUGAGCGCGGCCAACCGCGUGGCUGCUAUAGAGCCCUUCGUCACCGUCUCUCUCGACCGGCUACGGCGCGAAUGCUACCACCCCACGGAGCCCCCCUCUCCCCAAGUCCUAGUCACCACCGUCGGCAUCAUCGCCGAGGGUCUCAACCUGGCCCGGGCGAAUUACCUGGUCCUGCUUGGCCCCCUUGGCACCGUCGCUAAGCAACUACAGGCCGAGAUGGUCGUUCGCCGGCGGCAGCUGAACCGCGCCGCCAUCGAGACGGAGGUGUGGGGCCAUACGAAGUAACGGCGACCGACUCGCCUACUUUUCUUUUUUUUUUCGGCGCGUGGGCAUUGGCACAGGGAGGAUAUAUCUGUAUUGUUUGAGUCCGGUUGCUCGGGUUCACUUGCUCGGGAUUGGAACUCGCCGUGGUGCGGUCGGGGCGCAUCGCCUUUAAGGAGGGAUGUGGGAGGCGCCGUCCUCAUCUGCUUUUUCUAUUCGGUCUCUCUUAUUCCAGAGCCGCGCCAUAGUGUGUAUCCAGGUUCCGAGGGUGCCUGGUGGAUGUUUGAUUACCGGCGGACAUGGCUGACUCGGACGUGGCUAUUCGGAGGAGGGGUUCAUUGUUGGGUUGACCAGCUCGGGUUUGCCGUGUCAAGGUCAGAGGCCGGCUGCCUUAUGAUAGUCUUGCUUGUCAGGUCACAUAGGGAACUAAUCUCACUCAACGUGGUCAUUGC